AUGGCGACACUCGAAGGCUUCGACGUGGAGACGUAUGCCGCAAGAUACAGCGGCCGCAACCGCACCGAGAGGCUGUUGUUCCUCAUGAAGACGUGCCCGGCGCUGCAGUCGGAAGUGAGGAGCGCUCUGCUCCGUGAACUUCGAGGAGGCCUGAACAUGAGCCUGUACGCUGACAUAUUGGGGGAGAAAGCCGAAGACGAAGCCGGUUUUAUCGAUAGUGUCAAGCACAACGCAGCGAAGCAGCACGAGCGACUGGAGCAGGAGCUCAACUCGUACAAGUCGACGAUGAUCAAGGAGAGCAUUCGGAUGGGUCACAAUGACUUGGGGGCGUUCUACUUCGAGCUGGGAGAUCUUCCGUCUGCGCUCAAGAGUUUUGCUCAAGCGCGGGAUUACUGUACGACAGACAAGCACAUUAUCGAAAUGUGUCUGAACGUGAGCAAAGUGGCGCUGCACAUGCGCAAUUUCGGACACGUGACCAAUUAUUUGACCAAAUUAGAGCAAGUGAGCACUUCUCAGAGCGACCCCAUAUUGAAGUCAAAGGUCGCGUCGGCAUUCGGACUUGUGGCUCUGCAUGAAAAGAACUACCAUGCUGCUGCUUCUAAGUUUAUCGAGUGCAGUGCUGACAUCUCCUCAAGUUACAAUGAAGUGCUUCACGCGGAGGACAUUGCGCUGUACGGUGGAAUUUGCGCUCUGGCGUCUUUUGAGCGUAAGGAACUGAAGGAAAAAGUGAUCAACAACUCGUCGUUCAAGGCGUUCUUGGAGCUGCUGCCUUGGCUGCGCGAGCUCAUUACCGAUUUCAACUCGAGCAACUAUGCGUUGUGCCUUCAGACACUGGAGCGAAUAAAGCCUGAGCUCAAGCUAGACAUGCAUCUCUGUGAGCAUGUGGAUAAGCUAUGCAAGGAGAUCCGAAGCCGCGGAAUCAUUCAGUACUUUUACCCGUACCUUUCUGUGGAUUUACACCAGAUGGCUCGCACGUUCAAUACACCGACAGCGGAUCUUGAGAAAGAGCUGUGCGAGCUGAUCGCUGCAGAGCGUCUGCAUGCGCGAAUGGACUCGUACCAAAAGGUGUUGCAUGCAUAUCACCCAAACCACCGAGCUGUUACUUACAAGCGGGCGUUUGAAGUGGGCCGUAAGUACGCUGCAGAGUCGCGCAAUCUGCUUUUGCGCAUGAGUCUGCUCAGGAACAACAUCAUCAUCCGCGACACAUGA